UUUAGAGCAUUCUUAUCGUAUUUUGUCUUGGGCGGGCUCGAUUCACAGGCACAGGCGCACAGCUCUAACAAACAGGCCAGGGAGACGAAGAGAGACGGGGAAGAGAGAGCGCGAGAAAGGGAGGGAGAAGGAAAUGAGGAACAGGCGAUUAGCGCGUAUCCCUACCAGCGACGACGAGGAGGAGGCUCCGCGACCCUCCCACUCCUCGAACGGGGAAGACCACCAACUGCCCAAGCUGAGGAAGAGGAAAAAGGUAAAGCUUCAGGAGGAGGAAGAAGAGGAAGAAGAGGCCAAGUCCUCGAACAGCGGCGAAGACGCCGUCCCCGAGGAUGCCAAACCUAUCGGCGACGUCGUUAAGGUUUCUGGCAAAGGCCGCGGCAGGAGGAGCCACUAUGCGGCCUUUGAGUUCGAUGGCAACCACUUCGAUCUCGAGGAUCCUGUGCUUUUAGUUCCAGAGGAUACAAAUCAGAAGCCUUAUGUUGCAAUUAUCAAGGAUAUUAGUCAGACCAGAGAUGGGAGCUUGAUGGUAAGUGGACAGUGGUUUUAUCGUCCUGAGGAAGCGGAGAGAAGAGGAGGUGGAAGCUGGCAAUCACGUGACACAAGGGAGUUGUUCUAUAGUUUUCACCGUGAUGAGGUUCCAGCAGAAUCUGUGAUGCACAAGUGUGUUGUGCAUUUUAUACCUUUAGACAAGCAGCUUCCAAAUCGAAAACAGCAUCCUGGUUUUAUAGUGCAAAAGGUGUAUGAUACUGUGGAACGAAAACUUUGGAGACUAACUGAUAAAGACUAUGAAGAUAGUAAACAACAUGAAAUUGAUCUUCUUGUUCAGAAAACUCGGGCACGUUUGGGGGAGCUUGCUGACAUUGAGAUUGAUGAUGCUGCAGUUGAGCCAGAAGAUUCAUCGAAGAAUAAAAAAUUCCUUAGAAAAAAGAACAUGUCACCUAUUGAUGUUUCAAGGGAUGAGGAAGCAGCUACCAGGUCUGAUCAGCAUCUCAAAGCAGAAACACCUGGUAGCUGUACAAGUAAUGCCUCGGAAUACUAUACCAUUUUAGUAAACUUUAAUGCAUUAACCGGAGAAACACAACGCGACAAAUGGUUGGAGAAGCUUCUCCAAGGAAUUCAGUUUGUGUGCACUUCCACAGACAACGUGCAGGGGGAGGGUCAAGAAAAGGGUGGAUCUAGUAGCAUUGCCAAUGCAGGAGAUAAUACUGGCCCAGAAAGUGCAAACAGAUCUCAAGAGAAGCGCUUAAAGGGUGAAGGAUCUUUUUGCUGGCCAGAUUCUGCUGUUCCAGCAGUAACUGCUCUGGAGAAAGCCUCACAUGAUGCUUUUUCCCUGGAUUUUCAGAAGUACAAUCAAAAGAUGCGACAACUGGUGUUCAAUCUCAAGAACAGUGCACUAUUAGCCAGGCGUAUGCUAAACGGAGAGUUGGAGCCUUCAAAAAUACUGAACAUGUCUCCCAGUGAGUUAAAGGAGGGUUUAACAGCAGAGGAAACAGAAACUGAGGAGAAAGAUGAGUCAGAGCGCAUGCAGAUGACAGAUGCUCGGUGCUCAAGAUGUAUGGAGAAGAAAGUAGGUCUAAUAGACAUUAUCCAAGCAGGACAUGGAGACCGCUAUCAGUUGGAGUGUAUUGCUUGCGGUAACAUCUGGUAUGCUUCUAGAGACGAGGCAUCCACAUUGACUAUAGAUGGGCCGAGCACAGGCCGGAGUGUAGGAACAGCACCGUGGGCAACUGCCAAGUUUGAAGAUGUUCAGAAGAAGUUAGUUAGUCCCCGAGAAUCUGAGAAAUCAGCUGCUGAUGUUUUCAAGAAAACAACCGAGGCUUACAUGCCUGUCUUGGAAACACAGAAGUCAUUCAGCAAGCCUAAAACUGAAGACGGAGUGCCCACCAAAAAUGGUGAGUAGGAUUUUCUGCUGAUGCUUUGGUUUUUUGGUCACUAAUCAGGAGACUGGUGCUGAGCACAUUGUACAGAUAGUGAAUGCUCCAUAGGAGGAAAAAAGCUGAAAGAGCCUAAAAAAUGAAAAGGAACAGGUUUUUUUUCUUUGUAAAACUUUAGGAGUAGGAAUUUGCUGCUAAUACUUUCUAGUUACUUUUCGUAGUUGUAUGGAUUUGUUGCCUUAGUGCAACUCUUUCAACUAUUAGAUGUGCAAGUUAAUAGAUAAAGGUAAUUUUAGCA